GUAAGUAGAUAGUGCAUUGUUUAAAUAGGAAACUUACUUCAAUACCUUUCAGUGUGCUUCCAGUUUACCUGCAGAAAGUAGGGAGGAAUCAAUUUCUAGAAUUGCAUAACAUUGAAUAAUUUUAUUAUUCAAAAAUGUACUCCAUACUACUUGUCACACUCCUCGCCGCUUCAGCAUUAGGAGCACAAUGCCCACCAGAGGGCUCUCCAUUCUUCAACAUUCCUCAUGAGACCGACUGUUCCAAGUUCUACACCUGUGCCCAUGGUGUCCCUGUACUGAAGACCUGUCCUGAGGGCACGCAUUUCAGCCCUAUGCACUUGGUGUGUCAAGAUCCGGUGUUCGCCGGCUGCGACAACACUCUUCCAGCACUCUGUCCUGACUGGAGUCUCCUCCCGCGGCCUCACCCUGACGAUUGCAGCAAAUUCAUCGUUUGCCAGUACGGGACUGUGCACGUGUUCAACUGUAGCGAUGGCUUGGAGUUCAAUGCUGAACUUCAGGAAUGCGUGUGGCCCUCCGAAUCUAACUGCACUGCAUCACAAACUUCAUCAGAAAAACCUUCAACGGAGCCAUCUCAAGAUGGCGGACAAGAAAAUGGCGGUGAACAAGAUGGCGGCCAAGAUAGCGGAGAACAAGAUGGCGGCCAAGAAAAUGGCGGCGAAGAAGAUGGCAGUUCAGAAGGAAGCUGUGUACAUGGAGAGUUGUCAAACAAUAAAGAUUGCAGUAAAUACAACGUUUGCGAUAAUGGCGUUCAAGUAGCUAUGGACUGCCCGGCGGGCCUGCAGUGGAAUUCUGAACUCUCGUUUUGUGAUUGGCCAGAGUUAGCCGGGUGUCAAUAAAAAAGUGGUUGAUUCUUCAUAUAUUUUUUUUAUAUCUCCAAAUAUAAAAAUACAAAAUACAA